AUGGAGCUGGGGCACAACCGCUUCAGCGAGCGCUACAAGGCGGCGGCGACGCGGGGAGUGGAGGCGCUCAGGGUGAAGCAGGCCCAGAGCCGAGCCCGCAGCCAGAAGGAGAACCGCGACCGGCAGCUCUUCGACGCCCUCCCGCUGCUGGCCCUGCAGGAGGAAGGGGAGGCCGAGGAGCCUCGGCCGCCCCAAUCCUCUGAGACAGCAGUUCCAUCACAGUUCACGCGACUAGAGAUGUUACGCCGUUAUAAGGAGGAGAAGCUAAUGCGGAAACUGAAAGCAGAGCGUGCGAAACCUAAACAAAUCUUCAAAGUUGGCAUUUACAAACCGGAUGCAACUCCCUUUCAGUCACAAAAUAUAAAACCAAAAGCUCAGAAUGUAGUGCCUUCUAGCUCUGAUUUGAGAGUGACAAGAUCAAUGGCUAAGAAACAAGAACUGCUCCUGACAAAGGCACCCAGUGUACCCAAAUUCACAGCUCCUACAAAGGUGGGUCCUGUCAAAGGUAAUGUCUCCAGUAAUAAAGGCAGCUCUACAGUGGUCACUGGAACAAGGAGUCAGCACCGACCCAUUCAGGCUGCAGCAUCCAAAGUACCCAUUGCAAUAGAGAAAAAGGAUGUCAAAGUAGCACCUAUCAAGCCACUACAGACCAGGGGUCGGCUUGAACCAAAAACUGCUGCAAAAGUUGUUAAACCUGUGCAGGUUGCUAAGUCUCAAGCAGCUAUCAACAAAACCAAAAAGAUGGGAAAACCUGGAGAGAGAUCUGACUGCAAGCUGAUUGUUCAUGAUGAACCAGCAUCUAUCCCCUGUGAAGAACAAGAUAUGGAAGUGACUGAGAAAGAUCAACCACCAAGUUGCAAGGAGCCAAUUCAACCAACUGAGAAUGACACUGACACUGGGCUCCAAAUACCUCCAGUAAUGGGAACUGGGCGUGUGGGCAAAAGAAUCUCUUUUGCACCUGAAAACUAUGUCUUUGCUCCCAUGGCUGGAUUGGCUGAAUUGAAAUUUCCCCCACUCAGCCCCCGAAGUGUAAAUAAUUUCUUUGCAAGUUGUUCCUGGAGUCCUGUCGAACACGUGUCGAAAAAUAACAUUGAUUCCUCCACAACGCAAAAUUUAGUGACCAGAACUAGGAGAAGUAAGCUUGUUCCAAAAUUUGAGUCUGAGCAUCUCCCUGAAGCAAAAAGUGACGACCCUGUUAGUACUGUGAUUGAAGAGGUGUCUGUGUCUAACAAACCACAAGAUUCUUUAGCAAGCUGUACAACUGAUGUCAGUGGACCACGACACAAUGUUGCUUAUUUCAGAGGAAUUGUUAAGUCAGAGACUGAGAGUUUGUCGGUACUUUGCCAGCAAUGGGAAAUCUGGGAUAGUUCUGCAGAGGUUCCAGACCACGUUAAGGACUUGGUUCGCACAACUGUUGGGCAAGCACGUCUUCUCAUGGCUGAGCGAUUCAAACAGUUUAAUGGACUUGUCGACGGCUGUGAAUUCAAGACUAGUGAAAAGGAAGUAACUUGCACAGAUCUAGAAGGAUUCUGGGACAUGAUCUACUUCCAGGUUGAAGAUGUGAACAAAAAAUUUGAAUAUCUGAAAAAGCUUCAAGAAAAUAAGUGGGAGGAGCCAAAUGAGUUGCUGUCAGUGCCCAAGAAAAUGGUCAAGAAAAAGGUUGCCAUCCCAAAACCCACAGAAGUUACUGCAAUUAAAGCCAACAAAACCCUGACUGCACCAAAAAGCAGUCUUGCUGCUUUAAAGGCAUCUAUGAAAGCCAAACUGAAGCGGGAAAUGACAGGCUCCAAUAGUCAAGAAAAUCAAAAAGAUGUUAUUGUGUUUGAUGCAGGGUUCUUCAGAGUGGAGAGUCCUGCGAAAAGCUUCACUGCACCUCCCAAGACUACUACUGUUGAAGAUUGGGCAUCAAGACAGCAAGCAAAAGAACAGUGCACCCCUGCUAAGAGUGCGUGUGACUCAACUGCACCAACCUCGCCUAUCCCUUCUAUGUGUGAUAGACCAAAUCAACAGACUUCAGACAAAAAGGUUUUGAAAUGUUUACCAGAGGUUGAAUCACCUGUAAUGAAGAAAGACGACAACAGUUCCAUGGCAGAAGAAAGCACAGCACAAGAGACUUGCUGUUUCCAGAAGAGGGAAGAGGAGGUGAAUACUUCACUAGACUUUGCAAAGUAUCUCCAGCCCAGAAGCUCUGUCUCCAACCUACCAGAGGUGCUACAAUCUCCAUUCCAUGAUAAUGGAUGUGAUGCAACAUCUGUUUGCAACAAACAUUCCCGACACUAUAAUGGGAAAUCAGAGUUUGCGUCAUCUCUAUUGAGUUGUGAUGAUGUGGAAAUGAAGAGUCCAGUGAGUCAGCAGUCUUCAACUGGUGCUCAGUCAAUUCCAGAAGAGGUGUUUCAACAGACUAGCACUUUGGAUGUGACUCCCACUUCGAUUUCAGCCACGCAAACUCCGUCCUUUAGCUCAGUUGCAGGAGCUGUUCUCCAUAAUGUGCAAUCUGCAGAAAAUUGUAUGAGCCCCUUUGAUACAAUGGUUGGGGCAGGAGACAGACAUAGGCUUCCACUUCAAAUACCUCUUCAGGAUUUGAUAUCUUUCAGUCCCAGUGGAACACCUCAAUGAAGAAAAACAGAUGAGCAGUCCAUUGAAACUACUGGCUUAUCUUUCACUGUGUAGACCAUGAAGGACUUGUAGCAGGACACUUCAUAGCUAAGAAUAAUACUUGUGGAUUCUAGCUGAUUGGAGGCUGUCUUCUCUUCAAUGAAGAAAAACACAAUGCCAAAGAUCAAAGCCAUAUUUGAUGUAUAAUUAUUUCAUUUGACCAUGAAGUUUCAAAUUAGUCCUUUUUGGGGGCCACAAUUCAACUGAGUUUUGGUGGAUAGUGGUCUAUUAUUUGUGAUCUAAAAAGUCAUUUUUGGAAGUGUAUAUUAUCGUUGGAAGGCAACAUUGUCAAUGCUCUGCAGGGACAUUGAUGCACUGACUUGAUUUUCCAAUUAUAAAUAUUUUUGAUGCUAGUCUGUCUCUUUAUAUGGAUUGAAUUAUUCUAAACUGAAUGUGAAGGAAGUAGAAGAAAAGCUAUAUUGUGCAAGAUGGAGCAGUAGGUUUAUAUCCAUCCCCCAUCUGACAUAAUUCCAAGUUCCCAAUUAUGUUGUUGAACUGGCAGUGGGCUGUUCUACUUGGAGGGGAGAAAAUGUUUACGGCAGUAUGAGGACUACUUAGUUUCUCCCCCUUGCCACCACCAACCCACUGUCUCACCUCAUGCUUAAGAAUGAAUGGAAAGGCCAGCAGGUUACCCAUCCUUACCUAUGCUGAAUGAAUAAUUUAAGAAAAAUUGAUACUUUCAUGAAAGCUUGAAUUGCUAGACUUUGUACCAUGUUAGGAGCUGGAAGAAAGGAAGAAUUUAAUGUGAAAUACUGCCUUCCUUUAAAGGAUGAUAUCUGGAUCAUUACAGACACUUGACAGAUAAAUUUCAUUGGAGCUUUUGAGCAAACUCCAUUUCAGGAAAAGUUCACUUCAAGCAAGUGCAUGGUGUAGGCAUUGGAAGAAUUUUAACUAUUGAAAUGCAGUCUUCAGGUUUUAUCUUGUUUAAAUUAUUUGACAGGUCUAACAUUAUGACAGCUGUCUAACAGAUAUGACAGUUGCAAUACUGUUUCUUUUGUGACCAUCCAUAUUGUAAUUCAUGAUAUUUUCAAAAUCAAAAUAUGACUUCUGGGAUACCCACAAUGUAACAAAUAAUGGUCUUUGUGUGAAAUGUGCCAGGUUAAUGCUGAAAAUAGUGUAACCCUACAGACUCGGCUACUGAGUUGAAGUCCUGUACUGCUGUUGGAGUCCUAUUUCGGUCCCUUGUCCAUGACUUCAAACUCAGGUUCUUUAAACAAAUGGAAUCAGCCAAACUUUGACCUUAUGCUGGAAGGUUUACCCAGAAAUUUUCUAGUGUGGCUCCCACUCUGUCCAUUUCCAAAACUUAAUUGAAAUUGCCCAUUGGUUCAACUACAAGCUUCUCUUGUUUUAAAACUACCAUAACUUACUAACUUUGAUUUUCUGCUCAACUUGCUAAUUCCAGCAGUGUCAGAUACAGUGAGGUUUUGUACUAUUUCUGUAUAAAAUAUAAAGUGAUGAAAAUUAUGUAAUUGCCAAUUUCUUCAUAUUGCAUUAAAGUCAGAAAUUUCUUGUCUCUUCA